AUGGCAUUUGCUCUUCACGUGUUCUUCCUCCUUUGUGGGAUCAAUGGACUGAUGACUGGAGCUGACUGGACUCAGUUUGAUGACCACUGUUACAUUUUCCAAGAUGAUACCAGAACUUUUGCAGAUGCAGAGAGCGUUUGCAACAAUCUUGGUGGGAAUCUGGCCUCCAUCCGCAGUUAUGUGGAAAAUCUGGCCAUUGUGGGACUGGUUAAAGAUGGCGGUGCGGAGUUCACCUGGAUUGGACUCCAUGAUGCCAUUGAGAAAGGAGACUUCAUUUGGACUGAUGGUACAGACUUUGAUUUUGAUCAUUUUGCCCUCGGAGAACCCGACGACACGGGCGACUGUGUUGAUCUAAGUGCAGCUGAUGGAACUUUCUUUGAUGAAGACUGCACCUUGGAAAAGCCAUAUGUUUGCAUCAGAGACACUUUCUACUGUGGCGGACACUAA